GUAGAAGAAGAAGAAAGUCGCUUUCUGAUGACGUGUUUUCAGUGCGCCACAGCAGUAAACGGCGGUCGAGUAAAGAUCUGACAGACGGACGGACAGGUGAGGGUCUGAUGCUAGUCCCUGGUCCCCCCCGCCGCUAGUCCUAGUCUCAGCGGGCCGUCGACAUGCCGGAGGAGGGGCUCGGUCCGUGCUGCGCCUCCGUGCUGUGCUGCCUGCUGCUUGCCUGCUCUUACGUGGGCAGCCUGUACGUGUGGAGGAGUCACCUGCCCAGAGACCACCCCACGGUGAUAAAAAGACGUUUCACUAGCGUUCUGAUCGUGUCCGGUCUGUCUCCUGUGUUUGUGUGGGUGUGGAGAGAGUUUACAGGAGUCACAACCAGCUCCUCAUUUCUGGCUCUCAUGGGAAUCCGGUUUGAAGGUCUGAUCCCUGCCAUCGUCCUCCCUCUGAUGCUCACCAUGGUUCUUUUUCUGGGGCCCCUUACGCAGCUCGCCAUGGACUGCCCCUGGACCUUCAUGGAUGGAAUCCGUGUUGCCUUUGACCCGUGGUUCUGGAAUCUGUGUCUCAGUGACAUGCGUUGGUUGAGGAACCAGGUGGUGGCCCCACUCACUGAGGAGCUGGUUUUCAGGGCCUGUAUGCUGCCCAUGUUGGUCCCCUGUGCCGGACCCUCCACUGCCAUCUUCACCUGCCCUCUUUUCUUUGGAGUUGCUCACUUCCACCAUGUGAUCGAGCUGCUCAGGUUCAGACAAGGGACUCUGUCAGGGAUCUUCCUGUCUGCAGUGUUCCAGUUCUCCUACACAGCCGUGUUUGGAGCAUACACAGCCUUCAUCUUCAUCAGGACAGGUCACCUGGUGGGUCCGGUCCUGUGUCACUCGUUCUGUAACUACAUGGGUUUUCCAGCCAUCAACGCAGCAUUGGAUCAUCCUCACCGUUUCUCUGUCCUCACCUGUUACCUGCUCGGUGUCGUCCUCUUCCUCCUCUUCCUCUUCCCCUUCACUGACCCUGCUUACUACGGUCUCCCCACACCUGUCUGCUCCCUCGCCACUUCCCCCAGCCCUCUCUGCCUCUCCUGAUUGGCUGCCCAACAUGUCCUUUCUCUGAUGAAGAGGAGGAGAUUCCUUCAGGUGUGUCACAUGAUGAAGAGGGGGAGGAGUCACAGCUCAGGUGUGUCUUCUGGGCCCUGACAGCACUAACAGCCAGGUGGGCUUGGUUUCCAUGGAGACUGGGGCAUGGUCAGUGGACCCUGCUCAUAUAACCUGUCAAUGGGCUGAUGUCUGAAGAGGGCGGGGCUUCAUGUUGGUGAUGUCAGAGGGACAGUAAGAUCAAGCGUCAUGAUUGGUCGACUUGUGUAGUGACUUUUAAACGAUCGUUUGUUAUUCUAAAACUAUCACUUCAAAACAAAGUCCACAGAUUAAACCCUAAUCUCAGAUUAAACCCUAAUCUCAGAUUAAACCCUAAUCUCACAUUAAACCCUAAUCUGAGAUUAAACUUUAAUCUGAGAUUAUUAACCAUAAUCUGAGAUUGUAGGAGAACAUUUUUUAAACUCUGUUUUAUGUCCUCCAGUUUUAGAAAAACAUCAAAGUCUUGAACAGUAAUCAAUAAAUCUCAGAUCAAAGAACCAAACCUUCACAUCAGACCAGCUGAAAUCAUCAAAGGUUCAGGUGUUCGUAAAGACUCCCCCGGUGGGUUUCUUAUUUUUGUGGUUCAGGCAAUCUAUCGGUUUGAUUAUUGAUUACUGAUUGUCUAUUUUUUCUGUAACAUGGUAUUUAAAGUUUUUCACAGAGAACAAAACCAUCAGAGCAGCCUUAUGCCUGAGUCAUUUCCUGAUCAGGUGAUCAAAGAUCACCUCUCACUGCUCUGUGUGAACACAUUUAUUGAUCAGCUGCUCUGACACCUAACACACUUUUAAACUGUGAAGAAUGGGCUGCUCAUCCUCAGCAAUAAACCUGUGUGUGUGUGUGGAGGGUGUGGAGGGUGUGUGUGUGAGUAUGUUCCUGAAGCAGCCAGCAGGAGGCGUCAGAGCUCGAGGUUUUCUUCUCUGACAAUCUGAAAAACUAAAGCUAAAUGUGAAUUUAAAACCACAAUCUGUUUGUGUUCAGCCAUACAGGCUGAUAGGCGGAAAGACAGCAUGUUUAUUUGUGUAAAGACGUUUCCUCUGCCUUUAGUGACCGAAUUAUAAUCCAAUCUAUUUAAUCCUCCUCAACACAUCACAGACUCUCUGUGUUAUCAAUCAACUGGCUGAUUAGCAGCUCCUCUGAAAGUUAAUGCUGAAGCAUUUCUACUGUGUGAGUUCAUGUUUUGUAUUCCAUCAUUGGUGUUUAGAAUCUACACACCUUUAUAGACACACACACACACUCUCACACACACAUGCACAGAAACACACACACACAGCUGCAGAGUGUAUUUUUGCUGAUCAGCUGUAGUUUUAAUGAGUCACAUGUUCAGCCUGAGAUUCAGACGUUUGUACUGAGGUCUAUAUUUUCUAACCAGAUGUAUUUUGGAGUUGCUUACCUGUACAGGUAUGAGCAUGGAAUAAUCCUCACAGAGUCACGUUCCAGUUCAAACAUGUUUUAUUACGACAAUCUUUGACAGAAACUUUCAAUCUCGUCUGCAAAUAAAAUGUUUUUCUACA